UGGGCCGUGCCACUGGAUUUUUUCGAGGGCAGAAUAAGAACAUUCAAAUACCCGUACCACGCUUUAAAAUGCAAAAUAGUAAACAUGUAGCAGUCUCGACAGGUGUGCUACAUGUUAAACCACAGAUGUUGCGCGCGAGGGAUCGACUGCUAUAACAGGUUAUGGAUUCGAGCCUUGCUUGUUUUAUCCUUCUCGUCCUGAUUGGCUGUGUCAGCUGCUUUGAUAACCAGCACCACAAUGGCACCCGCCGCUAUGACUACUGUGUGCUUGGAGCGGGGCCUUCAGGCCUGCAGAUGGGAUAUUUCCUGUCCAAGGCUAAAAGAAACUACAUCAUCUUAGAGAGGAACUCAGUACCGGGCAGCUUCUUUGCCAGGUAUCCCAGGCACAGGAAGCUCAUCAGCAUCAACAAGAUCCACACAGGGAGGAAGAACCGAGAGUUCAACCUGCGCCAUGACUGGAACUCACUGCUGAGCGACAAACCUGACCUCCUGUUCAAGAGAGUGAGCACUGAGUUCUACCCGCCAGCCGAUGCGUUCCCACGCUACCUGUCCAUGUUUGUGGAGGAGCUCGGCCUGAAGGUCCAGUAUGGCGUGGACAUCGGAAGGGUCCGGGCAGUGCAGUCAGCCACCGGCAGGAGCUUCAUCCUGACCGACCAGCAUGGGUCGGACUACACAUGCGGCGUCCUGCUGACAGCCACAGGUUUGUGGGUUCCUCAGAGGAUAGAGUUUGUCGGAUCUGAGCUAGUUGAAGGCUAUGAGACCAUCUCCACUGAUCCUGAGGACUACAAGGACCAGGCCAUCCUCAUUCUGGGCAAGGGGAACGCUGCUUUUGAAGUAGCCCAGAACAUCUUGGGUAGAGCAAGUCGGGUGCACAUGCUCAGUCCCAACCCUGUCCGACUGGCCUGGCAAACACAUUAUGUAGGAGAUCUCAGAGCUGUGAAUAAUGAGCUAAUCGACACAUACCAGCUGAAGUCCCUUGAUGGGUUGGUGGAAGCGCAGCUGGAUAAAAUAGUUAUCGCUCAACGAAAGGAUCAAGGUCGCAGGAGAUCAGGCGGCAAGAAUCAAGAGACGAAAGGAAAGUUCUACCUGACUUUGAAAAAGUACAUACAGGACGAGAAGAACAGCUCUAAGGUGACACGCGAAGAGCUGCCAGUGUAUCACAUUGACAACUUCUCUAUGCGGAAGCCCUAUGACCGCGUGAUCAGCUGUCUUGGAUUCCGAUUCAACUUCAGCAUAUUUGAUAGCUCUACCUGCCCACCGAACAGCGAAAAGGCCAAAGGGAGGUUGCCGGAGUUGACGCCGUGGUAUGAAGGGAAGAACACUCCUGGCUUGUUUGUUCUGGGAACUGCCGCUCACAUCAGAGACUACCGCAAAUCUGCUGGCGGCUUCGUCCAUGGCUUCCGUUACACAGCACGAGCUGUACAUCAUGUACUUGAACAACGUUACCAUGGCAAAAAGUGGCCAUCCACAACACUGUUGACAACACAGCUGCAGUCCUGGAUUCUGAAGCGGGUCGACGCGGCCUCUGGGACAUACCAAAUGUUUGAGGUGCUCGGGGACAUUAUACUUCUUCGAGGCACCCACUGUGAAUACGUGACAGAGUAUCCACUCCAGGCCUUGGCUCAGUUCCCCUCUAUCUCAGGCCAUGAGAUCUCCAGCCACGGAAUGAUAGUUGUAGUCAUGCAAUACGGGAAGAAGAAGAUAGACUUCCUGGGGCGGAACAGGGCUCAGACAGACUGGACCAAAGCUUGGCAAUCCAACUUCCUGCACCCUGUUUUAUACUACUACGACACACUUCCUACAGAGGAAGACAUGAAGCUCCGUCCCCACGACUGGCCCUUACCAAGGCCCAAGGCAAUUCAUCACAUGGUUGAGGACUUCCUCACAGAAUGGGAGAGUCCCAUAUCUCAUAUCCAGCCUCUGCGGCGGUUCUUGGAGCACUGUGUGCAGACUGACCUCAGGGCAUUCUAUGCAGAAUCAUGUUUCCGCUCAUCCCUUACCCACCGCAAGCCGCCGCUGUUCUGCCAGCAAGGAUACUUGAAGCAGCAGGGUGUCACUCAGACAAGUAACCUGUGGCAGCACGUUCUUGACGCUGAACUGAUGCCUAAUGAGCAAGAUGGAAGCAAAUCAGGGGCUGACCCCGCUUUCCCCAAGUACCUGGCACAAGCUGGAGCCUCCAUGUCUUCAGGGCUGAAACUUGACUUCUGAUUGUUUUACUCCAGUGUGUUAAUACUAUGAUGCUGUGUAGGCCCCUUAGACUUGCUACUUCCAGCACCCAUGAUAAAUACCUCCCCAAGACCAGAUAUUUUUGAGAGAAUGCCAUCCAUACAGAUCAGUGGUUCCCAACCUUUUUCCGUUUGUGACCCCUUAAAGAAAGGUGUUUGUACCUGCAACACCUCAUCACCAGAUGUAAAUGUCUUAACACUUUACUAUUUCAACCAAAGAGUGAUUUUCCUUUCUUUAUUCAAUAAUGUUUAAGCGUUCAAAAAAGAAAAAAUAUCAGAAUACAGAAGAAACAAGUAAAGAUUAGAGGAAAGUGAAAAAUAGGCAUAUUUCCUCUUCUGGUAAUCAUCUCUUGGAAAACUACUGUGAAGCACUGGAGAGGCAUCUUGUCCCUUGAAAACGCCCUUAUUAUUAUUCUUCACAACAUAUUUAUAUACAAUAUAAUAUGCUCUUAUCAUAUCAUGGAAGGCUAGAUUACAUGAAGCUAUACAGGUGGAGGGUGGCUGCUACAAAAUGGUUAUGCAUUAUACAUUUGACAUUGUUACUUGAUUAAACAUACAUUAAAGAGAUUU